AUGUUAGACAAUAUCGCUGAGUUUAGAGCAGAAACCGAUGGAGAAUUAACAAGAAACAAGCACAAGAAGAAAUUUGAAAGACUUCAACAGGAAGAACUCCCUAAAAAGAGAAACACGCCGGGACUAAAUGCAGAUAAAAUUGUCUACAAUGUCUCCAAAAUGGUCCUUGACGAAGCCUUAAAAAGUGUGCUGUCAAAAGGUUUUAACUAUGCUGUAACACCAACACAGAUUGCAGUGGAAAACAUCAUAUGCGGAGUGGAAGCAUCUAUUGAGAAUAUGGACACCAAUAUCGCAGAAACUAUCCAACACGAUGUGUCCCAAAUAAUGAGAAGAGCUAAACCGCCAAAAAAGAAUCUUACGAGAGAAGAAACACAAGACCUACGUAAUCUCCAAAAGAACACCAAGAUACUCGUCCUUCCAGUUGAGGGAAAUGCAACCGUCGUAAUGAACACUCAAGAAUACGACAGGAAGAUCAUGGCUUUACUUAUCGACCCAGUAUACGAACCUAUCUCCACAGACCGUACUACAUACCUUGAAAAUACCACAAAAGCUAAAAUUAAAGCGUCACACAUCAGACAAGAAUAA